UUAUUAGAAGAAUGUUUUUAAAAUAACACAAUCAUAUUUUUUAAUCUAAAGCUAAAUAACUCAAACACAAACAAAUAAAGGCAUUUCAUUUACAUGAUACAGAUUGUUUUGUAACCUUUGGGUUCUGUGGAUAAAAAGAGGAAAUAAAAAGCUUUAAUGUCUCCAGUCAAUAAUUAGGAUAGUACAUAUUUGUCUAAUGUGUUUAAUAUUUGAAUAUUUGGAGAGUCGACUCCAAAGCCUGGUUUCAUAGUCGUGUAAUAGACUAUGUACUUUCAUAAUAAGAAAAUAUCUUUUCCUUCCAACCUAAUCACCACCACCAAAAAAGUAAAUACAUAACAAAUAAAUAAAUCUUGUUACUGCUCAGAAAAUGAAGAAAUAUCAUUUGCGGAAUCGGAGUCGACUCCCAAAAUCUGCGGAAUCGAUUCCUACAGUUCUGCAGCACCUGGAACCGGAACAGGAGUCGACUCCCAAAAUCUGGAAUCGAACAGAAUCGAACUUUAGAUCCAGCCUCCAGCUGGAGCGUUUCCAGGACAACGCGCGAGCAUUUCAGCCCCGCCCACAUCUCGCGCGCCCUGAAUAAUCCCGCGCUUUUCUCUCAGCUGCCUCAGCAUCAGUGAGCUAAAAGCCUGAGGGAAGGUGGAUGGCACACACACAGGUGAGUCACCUGGCCCUUACACUAGCUUCUCCCUGUGUCUUGACAGGUCCUGAGGUUAGUAGAUACAAUAACAGUAUUGUUUGCUUUCAUUUCUCAACAUUAUUUUCAAGUUUCUUUUUCAUUUUGAAGUCAUUUUCCGACUUGUUUUCUGAGAAGCAAAGGUAGCAAUAUCUUAAAAAACAAAACCAGAAAAAUCUCAAUAAAGGUCACAAUGGGAUCCAGCUCUUCGUCCUACGCUCCUAAAACCGUGUACCUGGACGUAGAUGGCAAAGUUCAGAGGGUCAUUUUCAGUCGACACUGCAGUCCGUGUGACAUCAGGGAGUUGCUUUGUACGUCGUCCAACAUAGCCAGAAACACGGCUAUACUUUUAAUAGAUGCAGAAGGAGCACUGAUGUCUAUCGACCCCACCAUGCCUACAAACUCACCUAACAACUUGUAUAAAGUAGUACCCCAUUCCAGUCAAGGAGGAGAGAAAGAAGACAUGUUCCAGAACGUUCUCUCCCAAGUGGCGGAGCAAUUCAGUCGGGCUUUCAGGAUAAACGAGCUGAAGACGGAGAUGACCAACAGACUGGCCAUGCUGGAGAAGAGGGUCGAACUAGAAGGCCUCAAAGUGGUAGAGAUUGAGAAGUGUAAGAACGAUCUGAAGAAACUAAGGGAUGAGGUGACCUCUAGAGGCGGAGCAAGGGUGAACUGCAAUUGCAAAUACAAUUUCACAGAUGAUGGAAAGAAACUCUCUCCCAGACGUGAUGUUCCAAGUUAUCCAAAGUACACACUUUCCCAGGAGACUAUAGAGACUCUCAAGAAGCCCACCUUUGAUGUAUGGCACUGGGAGCAUAAUGAGAUGUUAAGCUGUCUGGAGUACAUGUAUCAUGAUCUCGGACUAGUAAAGGAGUUUAACAUGAACCCCAUCACCCUUAAAAGGUGGCUGCUGGCAAUCCAGGAAAAUUACCGCGACAACCCGUUCCAUAACUUCCGCCACUGCUUCUGUGUCAGCCAGAUGAUGUACGGAAUGAUCCACUUGUGCAACCUCCAGGAGAAGCUGACUAUGACUGACAUGUGCAUUCUGAUGACGGCAGCAGUGUGCCACGAUCUUGACCAUCCAGGAUACAAUAACACGUAUCAGAUUAAUGCUCGGACAGAGCUGGCCGUGCGCUACAACGAUAUCUCCCCCCUGGAGAACCACCACUGUGCAGUGGCCUUCCAGAUUCUCGCCAUGCCAGAGUGCAACAUCUUCGCCAACAUUGAGCUUGAGUCCUUCAAACAGAUAAGACAGGCCAUCAUUACUCUUAUUCUAGCCACUGACAUGGCCAGACAUGGCGAGAUACUAGAUUCCUUCAGACAGAAAGUGGACAACUUUGACUUCACCAACGAGGAGCAUGUCAAAUGUCUUAAGAUGGUCUUGAUCAAGUGUUGCGACAUCUCCAACGAGGUUAGACCAACCGAAGUUGCCGAGCCAUGGGUGGACUGCCUGCUGGAGGAGUACUUCAUGCAGAGUGACAGAGAAAAGUCAGAAGGUCUUCCUGUCGCUCCUUUUAUGGACCGGGACAAAGUGACCAAGCCAACAGCACAAAUUGGCUUCAUCAAGUUUGUUCUCAUCCCAAUGUUUGAGACAGUCAUGAAGCUUUUCCCUCAAAUCGAGGAGAUCAUGGUGCAGCCGUUGCGAGACUCUCGUGACCACUACGAAGAACUAAAGCAGAUUGAUGAUGCCAUGUCCCAAGCCCAGAAGAAGAAAACAGAGAGCAUGUCAUUAGGAGGAAAGAAGAAAUAGACCCAACCUUCUGCUUCCUUGUUACAAAAAGAGAAGUUAGAAGCAUAAACUGAAGUCUCAUGGCAGGAUGACGUAGCCUGGCUUUGUUCUGGUGUCCCAUGUGCCCUUUUUCUGAGAUGGAGUGGGCUUCUCCUGCCCCAGUCUCGCAAGCCUUGAACGCCCUCUCUGAGAGGACAGAUUUCUCCACACCAGAUAGAUAUAGUAUUAGAGCAGAUGUGAGAGGAACCUUAAGAGGGCGGUGAAUCCUUUGCUUCACGAGUCAAGUGUUUCAAGAUUCUACAGCACAUUUUAUACGGUAAGGUUGAGAGACCAUAGCAGGAAUGAAAAUUCAUUCACCUGUUUGAAGAUGUGAAGUGUUAACAGCUGAAAAGGUGAUUGUCUGGUGUUAUGAUAAAGGAAGAAUUUUGAGUAGUUUAAAGGUAUUAAGGGAAAACAAUCAAAUGGUUUUCAAUUCUUUAUAGAUUUCUAUAUGUUUUUGACCCUUAAGAUUAAGUUGGGGUAUGAGAACGUAUUAUGGAGUAAGAAUAAACAAGAAAAGUAGAAUGCGAUUUCAUAGCCACGGGGCAUUCAGACAUCUAUGAACACCAAAGAGAACAAAAACUGAAUGUGGAGUUCCACUUUUGAGGGUAUUUAGUAGUUUCAAAAUCAGUCGAGCACACAACACAGAAAUAUAUAAUAUAUAUAUUAUAUAUAUACAUAUUAGUGUUAUUAUUACUGACAGUUUAAGUGGCUAAAAUCUCACACCCAGAUUUACUUUCUUAAUAACAAGUCACAAGUUUGAUUACACAGAUAUGCCAAAAAUUGAUCAUUUGAUGGAUUUGUACACAUGUAAUGCUUGUGAAGUGGUGGAAAUCUUCAAAUGGCACCAGAAAUUUGACAUUUAGUUCAAAGAUACCUUAGAAAAUACACUUCUAAGGAUGUGCCUCAUUUUAUACAUACAAUAUAAUUUAAGAACUAAUCUAUUUUUAAAUAUGAUGACUGAAGGAAAUUGAUUUACGUGUGUUGCCCGAAAUUUAGUGAACCUUAAUGUUUACUUGACCAGAAUGUUGAAUCCUCAAGGUAUUAUAUUGCUUUGCUUUUUUUGCAAUUAGAUUGUUGUUUCUAAUAUUUUUCAUUUUAAUCGUGUUAUAAGGUUUUUACUUUAAUGUUCUGGCUGCAAUGAACCAAUAAAGUAAUUAAUUAUAUAGUAAAACGUGUCAAAGCUCACACCAUGUUAUACAGUUCUAUUUAUUUAUGCAAUGAACGCAUUGCAAGAUGUAUCAUAUUUACAUAUUUUCCCAGUAGAGUGUAAAAGCAUUGGC